AGCUCCCAGCACUCUUUGUUUCGCUUUACGUGUACCACUACUAAACUUGAAAAUGGCAUCGAUCAAAGAACUUCAAACCUCGCAAGAAUUCCAAGACUUGCUGUCGCAAUCGGGAAGCAAGCUGGUUGUUGUCGACUUUUAUGCAACUUGGUGUGGUCCUUGCCACAUGAUUGCCCCCUUCUUUGCACAGAUUUCGGCAAAGUAUCCCAAUGUUCAAUUCGCAAAGGUCGACGUGGAUCGUUUAAGGGAUGUUGCAGCUGCUUGCAAAGUGACAGCCAUGCCCACCUUCCAGUAUUUUAAGUCAGGACAAAAAGUCGCCGAACUUAAAGGCGCCAGUGCAGGUCAAAUUGAACAAUUGGUCAAGAAACAUCAGGGUGAAACUGCCAGUGUCAUUCUACCAGGACAAUCAUUAACUAACUAUAUCCUAUAUAUUCAGUCUGAUAUAACCGAUUAUAUUACGCCAAACCAAAUGGAUGCGCUGAACCAACAGGAUGAAAACAACGUAAAGAACGUAUUCAAGUCAGACGACUCAUUCCUCGAAAGUGACGUCGACGAACAACUCAUUAUCACUGUACCUUUCAAUCAACCUGUCAAAAUCCAUUCCAUCAAACUCAAGGCAAAGAAUAUUGCCCAAGCACCCAAGACCAUCAAGAUCUAUGUCAACCGACAAAAUCUCGGUUUUGAUGAAGCCGACUCUGUAAAGGAAACACAGACAAUUGAAUUAGAACCAAAAGAUUUUGAAGAGGAUGCCGUCGUCAAUUUACGUUUUGUCAAGUUCCAGAACGUCAAUACACUUGUGAUAUUCGUUCAAGAUAACCAAGAAGAUGAGGAAACGACACAGAUUCAGCAAAUUGUCUUUAUUGGAUCACCUAUUGAGGCCACAAACAUGGGUAAUCUGAAAAAGGGCGAUGAGGAGGAGUAGUAAUCAGGAAGAAGAUGGAAGAAAAGCAGCAGAUGGAGAUGGUCUCCACUACAUUGAUUUUUAUGCUAUUCAUUAUAAGGAUGACAAAUGUAAUACAGGGGACCAGCAGCAACAAAAAAAAGCCAAGAAUAACAAUGUGGAUUAGAUAUAUAUGAAAUGUCUAUUAUACAAAAAGCAAUUUCUUUUCGAAAACGUGCAUGAUGGUUGUUUAUAAUUGAAGAGGAGGAAAACCGAUUUGAGGGAGACGAGGCAGAAUACCGACGUACUAAAAUUUAUCAUUUA